AUGUCACAAACACGCCCGAGCGUCGCGUCGCCGCCGCCCGCGUCGUCCUCACCACCACCAUCGUCGUCGGGCACGAUGGCCACGUUUUCCGACGGCGAGGACGUCAUGUCUUCCUCUUCCCGCCCCAUUUCCCCUCCUCUGUCUAUCUCGCAGUUCGACACAACCGACAGCAUGCGGUUGCACCUGCAGGCGCUGCUCGACAACAAGGAAAAGCAGCUCCAGUCAGCGGCGACACUCGGCCACCAACUCCUCGCGCAGCGGAUGGAGCUUGAAGAGCGCAUCCGGCAGAUGCAGGAACACGAGCUGGAUGCAGGAAACGCGAGUGGCAGCGAAGACGGACUUGACGUGAGCGCGCGGGAGCGCUACCGGGAGCUGGCGGAUUCGCUCAAGGCGUGGGACGCGGAGAACGAGCAGUUGACGAGUGUUUUCGGCGGACCCAAGCCUACGAACGGCGUGCAUGCACCCGCAGCGUCGCGUCACGCGGAAGGCUCGCGGAGUGACCACGAACGGACGAAAGGUGCAGCAGCUGGCCCAUCCGCAGCGCAAUCGUCUCGGCGUGCAAAGAAUGCAGCCCAUCGCGCUGAUGACGUUGAGUUCGCGUUUGAGAUCGGAAGUGGCCUCCUAACGGAAGUUCGGAGGUUGCAAAGUCUGCUAGGGGAGCGUGACAAGGCGAUCCAGGACAUGAAGGAGGAGAAGGAUGACCUCGAGAAAACCGUCGAGACCCUCCGUGGCGCACUCCGACAGCAAGAGCAGUCCGCAGACAAGUUCAAGGAGGAAAACUGGAAUCUCGAAGUUACCCUCCAAGAGCUACGCACGCAAGCAGCAGACGCGCAAGCCACGGCGCAGCGUCUGGAGAGUGAGAACAAGAGGCUCACCAGGCAGCUUACCCAUACCCGCGAAACGGCCGAUCAGCACAAGAAUGAGGCGGAGCGUCAGCAGACUGCGUACGAGGAGCUCAAGGCCAAGCACGAGACUGACGUCGCGCAGGCGCGUAAGCACGCGGCGGGCCUCCAGCGCGACAAGUCCGAUCUUCAGCAGGCCCUCGACUCGAUCAAGGCAGACGCAGCCAAGCAGAGCCGCCGUCUUCCGCGCUUUGGCUCUCCGCUCACGCCGAACGGUGCUACCGCCUCUGAGAUGGCCACUCCUGCGGAACACGACGAUGACGACGUCUUCAGCGUGGCGGGAGCAUCGACGCACAACCGCAAGAAGCUGGACAAUUCAGGCCUGUUCCCGCCCGACGGUUUCGACUUCGCGGACGAGUCCCCUGAUCCGUCUCCCUCACGUCCCUUCCUCGCGCCCAACCACCCCAGCAAUGAGAUCGAGGCUCUUCAGCAGCGCCUUGCUCAUGCUCAGCGACAGAUCAACACGCUCAAGAGCACGCUGCAGCGCGAGAAGGAGCUUCGCAUGGACUACCGCCGCAAGCUUGAAGCGUCCCCUGGCUUCGCGAUUGAAGAGGAAGAGAUUGAAGUUGAGGAGGAGCCUGAGCUCUCGAAGCCGAAAGCGCGCCUCACACCUUAUCGCACGAUUCGUGGCCGCGGUCGUGGAAGAGGACGAGGUGGGCUUACGCUCACCCAACGCCUGGGCAUGGCCGCGCACAGUCCUGCUUCCGAGUUCGGCGACGACGUUGACAACGAGUCUUCCCCCGCACCACCGGUUCCUCGCUUACCCGCUGCAUUCCGUCCUGAAGAUGCCAAGAACUUCAUGGAGGACAUGGAUGAAGAGGAGCCUGAUCUGCAGGCCUCGCCGUCGCCCAACAUAGUGUCCAACCGCACGAGCGUGGAUGGUAUGGAUCCCGCGUUUGCGAAUAUUCUUCGUCGAUCUGCUUCUGCAAGCUCUCUCCAGCAGAAUGUAAGCCCUCUACAGGAAAGCGUUCUUGCGCGCGUGGCUCGCGGGGGUACACUCCCUCGUCGCUCUCGCGGCGGUGCUGCGUAUCAGGAGGCGCGACCACCAUCCCUCGUUGGGCAGCCGGAAGCCCUUGCUGCAGAGCUCGGCUUCGGUAUGAUCGGUUCGCCAGGAGCCGACGACCUCAAGCAGGAGUUCGAGGCAAUCGAGACGGCCGAGUUUGGUGUACAGACCGACUUUGAGGCGUCCCCUCCUCCACCCCCGCCACCGCCAAUACGGGUCACUCCUGCGACGAUCGAGAUGGGCGUGCAAGCCGAGCCAGAGCCAGAGGCGCCAAUCCCGCGCAUCGAGGUGUCCAUGCAGACCGACGAGGAGCCAGUUCCUGUUCGAACGGAUGCCGAGGUACAGUACGAUAUCGUCGAGCCGUCCGUUACGCUGCUGUCCGCAGGCGUGAACACAGACGCGGUCGCGGAGCCCGCACUCCCACCACCGCCUGUUCUGCCGGUCUUUUCCGUCGCAGAAGUGCAGACUGUCGCCCCGACGGUUUCUCAUGCGGAGAUGCAGACGGCGCCAGAGCUCGUGUCAGUGGUUGCCGCGACGUCCGACAUGAACACCCAAACGCAAGCUCUACCUCAGCUCGUGACUGCGUCUGCCGAGACGCAGACUGCGCUUGCCGUUGCUCACGCGGGAGCGCAGGCGGGCGACGUCUCACGCCAGUAUCUCGACACGUCUGUCGGCGAUUCAAGCGGAGACACCACCAUCCAGGCGCCACGGCCGCCCUCGCUGGCUCUGAGUGAUUCGAGCGGGUAUUACGACGAGGAUGACGCGGUUACCGAGACGGGCUCGAUCAUGGGCGAGACGGCGCACACCGAGGAGUUCACGGACGCACGGAGCGCGCUCAUGACGCCGACGGACUCACUCAGCGACUACCACUCCAUGAUGACCGUUUCGGACGCAGACUUCUCCGACUCGGGCAGCGAGGAGAGUAUCAAGGCGUCGCGUAUGGAUAGCAGGAACGGCAACUUCUCCGCGAUGUCAUCGACGGCGUCGAUCCCCCUCACGUCGCCCACGUAUGCGAUGGCGCACUCCCCGUCGUCUCCUGUCAAGCCACAGUUAACAUACGAGUCAAUGGCUGUGGAGACGGAUGCGAUUCCUGAGCCGCCUCGGGUGGUACUUGUCGACGUCGAGGUGCAGGCUGAGCCCGAGCCUGAGCCAGAACCAGAGCCCGAACCUGAGCCGGAGGUAGCGCCAGUGCCUGAGCCGGUGUUUAUUGAGCCUACUCCUGCGCCGGAGCCCAUACCGGAGCCGAAGCCAGAGCUCAAGGAGAUGUCUGUGCAGACGGACGAGUGGGUGCCUCCUGCGCCUCCUGCCCCAGUUUCCAUUCCCGCUCCGGUUUUUGUUCCCUCUACUGCGGCCGUACCGGUACCCACCGCCGUCCAAGUACCCUCCACUCCCUCGUUUGCUCCCGUCGUGCCCUUGGGUCCAUCCGUCGCCUCUUCAUCUGCAUCCGGUGCUUCGGCAAACGCGCCGUCAAUCCCCACCGUGUUCCGUGUUGGGCCUAGCUCUCAGCAGUUCCAGUUCAUUUCACCCCCCUCGUCGGCGGGCCCGACAACGACAACGACACCCAUCCCCGCCGUGGUCGCCGCUCCCUCACCCAAUACCACUAUCCGGGACGCGAAUGCCACCUUCAUCGCCCGUCCCCGCACCUCCCACUCGGAUCGGCGACAGUCCAUCGAGUCCACCCUCUCGUCCGCCAUGGACGACGUGGUCAGUCGUUCGCGCACGCCUUCAGUGUUGCCGAAUAUCGACAAAUCGCGUCCACCCAUGAUGGUCCUCCCUCCACCACCCCGUCAACCGCCCCCGCCUAACAGCAUGUUACCCCCGCCGUUCAUACCCGAGAAGAGGAUAUCCCACGACAUGCCACCCCCUAGACCCUCCUCACCACCCCCUCCCGAGCUCAUCCAGCGCGCGACGACGCCCAGUCUCGGCGUCCCUGGACGAGGCACCAUCGGCCGGUCGCACGGCUCGAUGCCACCAUCGCAGCAGGGCCUCCGCCAGCUGCCAUCGACAAGCAGCUUCCGGUCGGCUGCCAACGCCGCCGCCCGCGCACCCCUCUCAAGUCCGUCUGCGCUCUCGUUCAACCUCAGGGACCGCGAGCGCCGCGAGUUGUCCUCCGCGUCGCUCCACUCUGGUGGCCAGAGCAUCGGUUCUCAGCGUUCGUCGAUCUCAUCCGAGAAUCACAUCUUCGACCACAUGCGGCGGCACAGCAACGCCGAGGUGCUGAACGUGCCAGAGCGUGCGCCCCAAGCUGCGCCCGGUGGUGUGGGCUCAACGGACCCUACCAUCAUCCACGCCAUUACGCAGACGAUGAUCGGCGAGUUCUUGUACAAGUAUACUCGUCGGGCGAUCGGGAAGGGCCAUGGGGAGCGACGACACAAGCGCUUCUUCUGGGUACACCCGUACACGCGUACGCUGUACUGGAGCUCUGCGGAUCCUGGCUCGUCAAACGUCACGGAGUCCAGUGCCAAGAGUGCUUAUAUCGAGUCCGUGCGCACUGUAAUGGAUCCUAACCCAAUGCCACCGGGUAUCCACCAGUACAGUGUGAUCGUGUCUACGCCUCAACGGGAGAUGAAGUUCACCGCGCCCACGCGGGAGAGACACGAUAUCUGGUACAACGCCUUGACGUACCUCCUCACGCGGCCAGGCCAGAUGCACGGGGUGCCAGGUGCCCCAGGUCCCGCACCACCGAUGAGCCCCAUGUCCGUCAAUGGCGAUCUUCCAGGCGACGAACCGCAGUACCGCCCCGGCAUGGUGUCCAGUCCAGAGAGCCAGCGCAGCGCGCGUACUGGCCGGACAGGACUCAGCGGCGAAUCAUGGAAUGUCACUCCGCGAGGCCAGCGAAGUCGUUCCCAGAUUUCGCUAGGAGGUUCGAUGGGCAAGCGUUCCGGCACGCCCGCCGCCGAGUACCUUCGUUGGGCUCACCAAGAGACCCCGAGUAGUCCAACGAAAGAGUACGAGCACAUUCCGGCCGGCCCAGACGAAGAGGACCUGGACUUCGAGCUGCACGACGAGACGCUGUCUGACGGCGAAUUCGAAGGACUCGAGAACGUGCGAGCCUGCUGCGACGGUCGUCAUACGGUGGGCCGCUCUGGGCGCCAUCAUCACCACCAUCACCACGACCACCCUCCUUUGAAACGAGAGGCCUCGAAAGCGGGCGAGCAGCUGCUCGAUCCGAACCCGAUGGACCUGCAGCGACCGGUCUCCCCGGCGUGGUCGUUCCGCUCACGAGCGGGCAGCACGGCGUCGCACGAUGGCGGAUUUUUCUCUAGAUUUGGGUCGCGGCGGUCGACGAAGACGGUUCCGGGCGCAUCAUCGGUUGGUCUGGAUACAUAGGGUCUGUUGGAUGGACGUUUCCCUUUUUCUUCUUCUCGCGCACUUAGCAUGGUCGUAACCGUAAUCAACGUUGGCGUUGCAUGGUUCUCAUACACUCCCCUUGAGCUCUCCCCAUCUUCCUCCAUGCUGUUAUCGUUCUGCUUGGCUCGUACCACUCCUUGAUAAUCCCCAAUUCUUUGUUUUAUGCAUGAUGCAUCGAUCUAUCCUGCCCGUUCCUUUCCGUCCUAGCCUGCAUGUAUCCAGUUAUUUUUGUGCGAUUACGCAGUAUACACCAAACAUUCCUUGAUCACCAC